AGGCGGUGAUGGCAUCGGGCUGGGAAGCCGGGCACAGACGCCUUGUUCCCUGGGCCGGGCUGCCAUCGCCCGCCCCAGGGAAGCCAGCACAUGUCGCUUCUCACGGCAAUCGAUGCACACACGUGUCGGAGGAAGCACAAACACUCCCUGAGCAGCGCACCUGAGACCGAUCCGUCUCAAACAAGCACCCCCGGGAGUGGCUGAAGCAGCCGAAAUGCGAGCGCUGGCGUUUGUGCUGCGUUUCUGUUUCCCCCUUUCCACCGCCUUUUACUUCCACGCCGGGGAGCGAGAGGAGAAGUGCAUCAUCGAAGACAUCCCCAGCGACACGCUGAUCACAGGCUCCUUCAAGCUGCAGCAAUGGGACGUGGCUGGACAGGACUUCCUGGAAUCGGCGCCCGGCCUGGGGCUCUUUGUGACCGUCACAACCUACAGCGAGGAGGUAUUACUGUCCAAGCUGUAUGGCCCACAAGGAAUGUUCCACUUCACUUCCCACUCCCCUGGCGAACACAUCAUUUGCUUAGAAUCUAAUUCCACGAGGCUCGUGUCCUUUGGAGGCAGUAAGCUGCGGAUCCACUUGGACAUCCGCGUCGGAGAGCAUGGCCUCGAUGCUGCCAUCGCUCAGGCCAAGGACAAAGUUAACGAAGUCAGCUUCAAGCUUGAACAUCUAAUUGAGCAAGUUGAGCAAAUAGUCAGAGAACAAAACUAUCAAAGGGACCGUGAAGAAAAUUUCCGAAUGACCAGUGAAGACACAAAUAGCAAUGUUUUAUGGUGGGCUUUUGCACAAACAUUAAUCUUUAUCUCAGUCGGAAUUUUCCAAAUGAAGUACCUUAAAGACUUCUUUAUAGCUAAGAAGCUUGUUUAAAAUGCUAAUAAAGACAGAUAACUAUCUGAUGAUUUGCAUAACAUUUGAGUUAAUAAAUCAAAAUACAUUCAUGAAUGUGUAUUACAGCAUAUCCUUAAAUAACAUCAUUUUGUUUAAU